ACCGACCUAAUUCUCGAUUUUCUAACUACAAUAGCUACAGCAAGUCUCCUUCAAAAUAUCUCCAAACCAUCAGCUUGAAGAGGUCAAGGGCAGCGGGGGGUAUGUACUUUCAAGGAGUGUAUACAGGUCAGCCAUUCGUGCGGGAGAUGCGGGUAGUGAUUAGCGAGAAGAAGCGAAGAUAUGAGAGACCAUGUUCAUCCGUGCGUCCUGCAUCAUGCAUCAUGCCAACCGAGUCCAUUCAAGAACUGUAAAUCUUAGUAUAGCCAUGAGGUCUAGUAGCCUCCCUUGGUGGUGGUGCAGUAACCCUUCUCGGUGUAGGUCGUGGUGUAUGUCUUGGCCCCUCCGGUGACAGUCGCAGUGAUGGUCUUGGUUUCCGUCUUCGUCCCCCCGGGAAUAGUCUCGGUGGUGGUCGCCGUUACGGUUUUGGUCUCUGUCUUGCCGGCGCCCGUUGCGGUGACGGUAGUGCCCGGGAGGGUGGAGGUAACAGUCUUCGUUUCCGUCUUUCCGACCCCUGUGAGGGUGACAGUAGUGCCGGGGAGAGUGGAGGUGAUGGUCUUCGUUUCUGUCUUGCCGACCC